AUGCAUGAGUUCUCUACUGUUGAUGGUUUUGCGGAGAUAAACGAGAGCUUAGCCGAGAUGAUUAAGUACAUCGCCAACGAACCCUCAGUGGGUCUUUACUACAUCCAGCAGCACGUCCGCAACGCAGCACCCAAUGUCCUUAACCUCAACGCCCAAGUCUUGGACAAGUCUCGUGAAACUGCUCUCCAUACUGAAGACUCGGAAGAUUCUAUAGCCAUGGUGAAAUCAAUGAAAGACUGUGGCUCGCCUAUAGCUGAUGGGAUGAUAGGAGACAUCAAGAACUCCUUAGCGAUAAUGUCCUCGAAACAACCGAGGAGAGGGCUCAUCCUCAACGCCGGGAGCCCUUGGAGCAGCAGAUCCAGCAGCAGUAUAGCAACGCAAACAACAACAAUGCAUGGUUCUGAUUAUAGCCAGGAAGGCAGCAGCUAUUUCACAUCGGUGUUUAAGUCAGCUAAGGAGAAAGCAAGCAACAUCAAAUGGCCACAGCUUGACUUCAAAGAACAGAAGGUGGAGAGUAGCCCCAAUGUGGAAACGAAUGAGUUAGAAGAAAAAGAAGACAAAAAAGUCUUAAGUAAAGGUGAGCAUAUGGUGGAGAAGACAAAGUUCGAGGAGUUCAAGGCUGGUAAAGAAGCGAGUCUUAAGGCAUGGCUUGGAGAUAUGGAUGAGGAUGCUGAUGUUAAUGGACGUGCUGCUGAGAGGAUUUAGAGUUUUCUGUUGAUGGUGUUGGGAGCAGGGCGGCUCCACUGAAGAAGCAGAGCUCUUAUUAUGUGUGUAAUUCAUAACAUUACCUUAAAUAGCAUAUGUUAUACUACCUUUUAUUACUAAGGACAGUUUCGUCAUUUA